AUGGCCAAGAAGAAAGGAGCCCUAUACAAAGCCGCGCGCUACUACUACAUGGGUGCCUACCGUCUGCGUAUGAAGGAACUCCGAGACACCUGGUCGACCGCUGAGAGAGAUGCCACGCUGCACUGGAUGUGGACGCAUGUGGCCACACAGGCGGAGCGGGAUGAAUGUGAACAGCUGUUCAGGAGUAAGAGUGGAGAGAACACGUUCAACGCGGAUGAUGCGAGGAUCCCGGCGGAGCAUAGGGCGGCGGGGGAUCCGGCGCCGGCUGCGAUUCCCGGACCUGCGGCUGUUCCUGGACCUGCGGUGCUUGUAACUACGGUUUCUGUUGCUGCAGUGACUGCUCCUACCGCCCCGCCUGCUCCGCCUAAAACCCGCGUGUUCUCCCACAUGCCGCCAUUGAAGAACAUCAGCAUGGAGCUACCAGCCUUCGAUCCCGACGAGGGACCGCUCAGCACAGAUGGGAAACGCAAGCUUAUAGACGCUGGAUUGGCCGACCCCGAUAAAGAGCCAGAAGCUAAGAGAUGGCAUGGAACUCACUUCCUGGGCCAGGGCGCAACAGGCAUCUGUAUGCACUGGGUACGAACGGACGAGAACAACAACAUCGACCAAAGACUCGCGGUCCGAGACAUCGCGACCAUGCAUCAAGACCAGUGGAUCAACCCCAUUAAAUGGCGUGACCAGCUGCCCACCGAGAUCGCCGUACUCAGACGCCUGAACGAGCAGCAAGGUUACAACCAUAACCUGCACCGCUACUACGGCCACCGCAUCGAUGGCUGGAAGCGCCGUUACCGCGUCUACAACGAAGUCUGCGAUCUCGGCAACCUCUCUGGCGCUCUGGAGUACUACUCGCGUGCCUGGCGCCGCCGCCACACGCAGCACCGCUGGCUGAUGGCCCAUCCUGAGAUCGGCAAUGCACGAGAUCUCGGCCGGAGAGGCAGUGCUGUGCAGGUGAAGCGUGAUGUGCGCGACGCGAGGGCUAGGGUGUGGGCCGAGUACCUCGAUGCCAAAGAAGAGAAUCCCGAAAGCCAUAAGGACGUUCAUUUUGAUGAUCUCACCGACCUCGAGGACUGUGCGAAGGAGGAGAUCAGCGACGACCUCCCCGAAGUCAUCCCAGAGGCGUUUCUGUGGCAGGUGUUCGGCCAGUUAGCGGGUGCGGCACUGCUUAUGCAUCGAGGCGCCGACCCGCUCGUUGGCGAGAAGGAGUGGAAGGAGAUUGUGCACCGAGACAUCCAUCUCGGCAACAUCUUUGUCAAGCCGAGCAAAGAGGGCGCGUACGGCUCGGAGCGCAAGCCCGACCCGCGAAAGCCCGAGGACGGCAUUGCGAAGUUCGCCAAAACAGAGUACCCCGACAUUGUUCUCGCGGACUUCGACACCGCGUUCUGGGACCUUCAGAACGACGACGACGAGUACCAGGAUAACCCGCUGCACUACAUGUGCAGCGACUCCACCCCCGAGCUCGCCGCCCGCUAUCCCCCCGAAACCUCCUGGGCCUUCCAAACCCACUCCCACACCCUCACCAAGCAAACCAGCGCCACAGACAUAUGGUCCAUUGGCCAGAUAAUGUGGAACCUGCUGCUCAACCUGCCAACCUACACGGCCUUCACGGCGCCCUUCUUCGACCACGCGAGCGAGCACACGGGGCUGCGGCAAGCGCGGCGCCUCAACGACGGCCAGCCGUACACACGGACCCAGCUCAACCGGUUCCUGCUCACGGGGCACCGCCCGUUCGAGGCGCCAAUGGCGUAUUCCAAGCUGUUGCGCUCGACGGUGAGGGCGUGUUUGCAGUAUAUGCCGGCGGACAGGGUGGGCGUGAGGGAGUUGAAGAAGAUUACGGAGAUGGCGAGGGCGAAGGCGCUGGCUGAGGAGGGGGAGGGCGCGUUGUGGGUUGGUGUGGAUGGGGGGAUGGAGCGGUAUAGGGUUGGGGCGGCGUUUGUGGGGGCUACUUAG